AUGGUGAGCUUCUGUUUCGUUUUUCCGGUACGGAGGAGAGAGAGAGAGAGAGAGAGAGAGAGAGGAAUACAAGUGGGAAAAUACGAGUUGGGAAAGACUCUGGGAAAGGGCCAUUUCGGCAAAGUUAAGUUUGCUACGAAUAUUGAGUCAGGCCAACGCUAUGCCGUAAAGAUUCUGGAGAGAAAGAGAAUCAUUGACAUAGACACGGCCGAUAGGAUAACAACAGAGAUUGAAACUUUGAAGCGUCUCAAACAUCCAAACGUCGUCAGGUUAUACGAGAUUCUGGCAAGCAAAACGCAUAUUCAUAUGGUCUUAGAGUACGUUGAAGGUGGAGAAUUGUUCGACAAAAUACGUCAUAAUGGAAGAGUCACAGAAGCCGAAAGCAGGAAGAUUUUCCAACAGUUGAUUGAUGGAGUAAGCUAUUGUCACAGAAAAGGUGUUUUCCAUAGGGAUCUUAAGCUGCAGAACAUUCUCCUAGACGAGGAAGGAAACAUAAAGAUCUGUGACUUUGGCCUCAGCGCUUUGCCGCAGCAUUUACACAAAGAUGGGUUACUACAUACAACUUGUGGAACCCCUAACUAUGUUGCUCCUGAGAUUCUCAGAAGGCGAGGGUACAAUGGAGCCACCGUCGAUAUAUGGUCUUGCGGUGUGAUCCUGUUUGCCAUUCUUUCUGGAUUCUAUCCUUUUGAAGAUGAAAAUCUUGCAAUUCUUUAUCGCAAGAUCUAUAAGGGGAAUUUCAACAUACCCGAUUGGUUUUCACCUGGUGCAGCAGCCUUAAUAAGAAGGAUACUUGAUCCGAAUCCUGUCACCAGAAUAAACAUUAGAGACAUAAAGUCAGAUGAAUGGUUCAUGCAGGACUACACUCCUGCAAAACCCGAUGAAGAAGAAGAAGAAGAAGAUAUACAUGUCGAUGCUGAAGCAUUGAAGAUUCUAGAUUUGCGUCGCUCGAGUUUUAAGGUCCCGGGUUUUCUUCGUUACAUGAUGAGCAACGCAAGCAAGAGUAGCAAAGGCAGCAGAUUCAGCAGGUUCAUGAAGGCGCCGAUAAGGGUUUUGAUUAAGGCGAGGGAUUUCUACAUCAAGAGCAUGACCGAGUGCUCCACUCGAUUCGACUACGGUGGCAUGGCCAUGGGGUGCCCUACUGCCCAAGUCCCAAGUGCUUUGCCAAGAAGCUUCAGCACCAGCUCCGUCAAGUCGUCAAGCAGCAGCAGCAACAAUGAUGAUUACAGAGAGCUCUUGAGGGCUGCUUCUGCUAGGAGCACUUUCGCUUAUAACCAAAAAAUGGAGGAUCUUGGAAGAAAGCAGCAGAUCAACAGUACCGGAGCUGAUAAUGCGAUGAUGAUGAAUCGUAGUCGUAGCGUUGGGAUUGGAAGGAUUGAUGAAGACAAGGCUUGCGAAUUUGGUGAAGAAGAUGUCAAGGUCAACAAGAAUAUGUAUCCCAGAAGCAGAAGCUCUGCUAUUGCUAGGAGAACAACGUCAUAA